GGGGAAGGCUCGAAGAUGACUUCUAGCAUUAGGCAGCUCGCAAAGUAGAUAGCAGAUCAUCUCGUUGGUCAUCUCGUUGGGUCAUGUUGUCGAGGGGUCAAGUAUUGCUUUGCUUAGACGUCGGCGGGCCGCGAAGUGUGUGUUAUGAUGGUCGCGCAUGGCAAAGAGGGCGGGUUGUCCAUUCGCUUUUUUUCUUGUCAGCCGCUGCAAAUUAGUAACAGUAAGGAGCGGCGCUCACUGGCACUAACACUGUUUCUUUGAAAUUUGGGGCGCUGCAUUCAAGAUCUCGGCCUCUCAAUCACUGACAUAAAGUAUCCGCGCUCGAUAAUUUUUUUAUGCGAGUCUAGCGCCCCCCCCGGAAGUAUUUUUGCACCGCAGCUAGCUUUGGUGUCUCCUCCCGUUCAAAAUCAAACCUGCGGGGAUUCGAUUUUUCGAGACAGGGGUUUCGUACGCGGCCAUUCAGCGUGACGGCCGGACGUCCGACUGUUGAGUUACAUGGCCACUCACAGCGUAAGAAAUUUAUCCUUCCUCCUAAGUUGAGCGAACAAAUCGCCUCAGACAGAAUGAAAAAUCAGUGUGCAGCGCCACAGGCACGCCUUGUGUUUUCACUCUUUACUCUCUCGUUCAUUUCGUCGGGGCUAAAUACAAAACGGCGGCGGCGUCCUGCACGUGAGAUAUGAAGG